AUAAGUAUGACCUAGAUUUAGAGAAUACAACCAUGUAAAUGCAAAUGACCUAGAUUUAAGAAAUAUAAAUACAACUCUGUAUAUGGAAAGCGUCUGGGUAGAGACAAGAAAAACGAAAUAAAGACAUUCGUUAAAUAGCAUCGAGCGAGUGAAGUUGUGCGUUUUGGUGAUCGGCCUCUUUUUUAUUACCUGCUACAGUCGCCAGAAGUAGGAUUGAUAUCCCAAUUUUUUUUUUAGUGUUUUACGCCCUCGUACAAACAUUCGGACUGCAUAAUACCUGCUAAGGUUGCGACGAAAUUAAAAAGUUUAUAGCGCUCACGGACACAAAGAGAAAAAUAACUUACUAUUUACGUGUAACAAAAUUAAAGUCAGCGUGCAAGAUGGAGGACACCAUUGCGGUGGAAACAUACACAACAACACAACUGAAAGAGUGGCUGCAGCGUUUGAGUCUUAAGACAAGCGGAACGAAGAUGGACCUUGUUAAGCGUUUAAACGAAGUUCCCCAAGCGACACGUGGAAAUUGCCCGAUUGCUGCCGAAGAAGCUGGUGUUGGUGAGGCUUCGCUCGGACAUGAUGACAUACGCACACUCAAAGCAGAGCUAAGUAAACUAAAGAAUCAAUGCGAAAUUCUAACGCACCAAAAUGAGUUGUUGCUAACCAAAAUGCGAACACAGAUAUGCGAAACUGACGCCGCUGCUACAGAGUUGCCAUUCGAUGUGGUUAAAGAGUUUUUGCCGGAAUUUAAUGACGAAGCUGAUUUUGAAGUUUGGGUUGAACAGUUUAAAAAUUUAACAUCGCUUUAUGUGUUGGAUGAAAAUUUGCAACGAGUGCUUUUGAUGAAUAAAUUAAAGGGCAAAUCCCGACAAUGGCUGCAAUCAAAACCGAAUUUGGUUACUGAACAUGUUGCAGAGUUACUUAAGCAGCUGGCGGAGUUCUUCGAAGUCAAAGAAAAUAAAAUGAUUCUUCGGCGCAAGUUCGAAAUGCGUAAAUGGAUCCACAGUGAAUCAUUCCUUGAUUAUUUUAAAGAAAAAACCGCGAUGGCGAAGAAGAUAUCAAUUGAGGAGGACGAACUUGUUGACUGCAUUAUUGAGGGUAUCCCGGAUGAACAGCUUAGAACACAAGCACACAUGCAGUGCUAUUUGUCUACAGCCAGCCUGGUGCAAGCAUUUUCGAAAAUACAACUAAAGAAGAGCGUGACCUCAGCUAAAGCAGUCUCUACGUCUACAAACGCGAAGGUGCAGAAAGGAACAAUGGUAAUUCGCUGCUACAACUGCAAUUCUUUAGGACAUUUCGCCGCAGAAUGCAAAAAGCCGAAGCGAGAAAUGGGUGCCUGUUUUGCGUGUGGAAGCCUCGAGCAUCGUGUUGCAGCUUGUCCUGACAAGAAAUCCGCAGUUCAAUUUUUGGAAGACAAUGAAUAUAAUGCCUCAUAGACUCCGGCAGCCCAGUGAGUUUCAUCAGACGCUCCAGUUUAUCGCAUAAUUUGAGUUUGAUUAAAAGUGUAAUGAAAUAUGAUAAUAAAUGUUUUUUCGGAAUUAAUAAAAGCAAACUUAAAGUUUUUGGAAAA